AUGAAUAGUUCCACGAUCGAUUCCAACGAUGUCGUCUGCUUUUUCCCACGACAUUUAACGAAUUAUGAAAACAAAAUCAAAAAGAGACGUGAACACAAAAGGCAUUCGCCCAACUCGCAACAGUCAAUCUCCGAUUUCAAUUCCUUUAGUCAUAAACAGGGUUUAUACGUCAUUUUCAAUACAGUAAUCAAACGAAUAUCAAGUAAACCUUGA